UCAGAUGUUAUUGAAGACUUGUAUAAUAUGUUUAACAAAAGAUCUGGAAAACCUUCUCCUAUGAUUUCAAAGUCAGUGUAUGAUAUAGUAAUGAAAAAUGCUGAUUUGUUAAACUCUACUAUUAUUUAUGACAGAGAUUUUAAUUACAACUACUUUGGUUUCAAAACUUUAGAAAGAUCCUACUUGUUAAAAAUUGAUGGGAAAAUUGUAGAACGACCUCAACAUAUGUUAAUGCGAGUAUCAGUCGGUAUCCAUGGUGAAGAUAUUGAAUCUGCCAUUGAAACUUAUCAUUUGAUGUCUGAAAAAUGGUUUACCCAUGCAUCACCAACAUUGUUUAACGCAGGAACUCCGAAACCCCAAUUAUCUAGUUGUUUCUUGCUAUCCAUGGUUGAUGACAGCAUAGAUGGUAUUUAUGAUACACUAAAAAGGUGUGCCUUGAUCUCCAAAUCGGCGGGUGGUAUAGGGUUGAACGUUCACUGCAUUAGAGCAACUGGAAGUUACAUUGCUGGCACAAAUGGUACUUCAAACGGUUUAGUUCCAAUGCUGCGAGUUUACAAUAAUACAGCUCGCUAUGUAGAUCAAGGUGGGAAUAAGCGACCUGGGGCAUUUGCAAUUUACUUAGAGCCAUGGCAUGCUGAUAUAUUUGAAUUCCUUGACUUGAAAAAGAAUACUGGUAAAGAAGAACAGAGAGCUAGGGAUCUGUUCUAUGCACUUUGGAUUCCAGAUUUAUUUAUGAAAAGAGUUGAAAAGGAUAGUGAAUGGAGUCUUAUGUGCCCUGAUGAAUCACCUGGCCUCCAUGAAUGCUGGGGAGAAGAAUUUGAGCAGUUAUAUGAAAAGUACGAAAAUGAAGGAAAGUUUCGUAAGCAAGUUAAGGCCAGAGUUCUUUGGUAUGCUAUUCUAGACUCUCAAAUUGAAACUGGAACUCCUUAUAUGCUUUAUAAAGAUGCUUGCAACCGUAAAUCAAACCAACAAAAUUUAGGGACAAUCAAAUGCAGUAAUUUGUGCACCGAAAUAGUGGAAUAUACUUCUGAGGAUGAGAUUGCUGUAUGCAAUUUAGCAUCAAUUGCUCUUAACAGAUAUAUUAAGGAUCAAGAGUUCGACUUUGAAAAGCUUAAAGAGGUCACAAAAGUUAUAACUUUCAAUUUGAACAAGAUAAUUGAUGUUAAUUAUUACCCUGUCCCAGAAGCUGAAAAAUCAAAUAAAAGGCAUAGACCUAUUGGAAUAGGUGUUCAGGGACUGGCUGACACUUUUAUGUUAAUGAGAUAUCCAUUUGAUAGUGAAGAAGCUCAAAAACUCAACAAGGACAUUUUUGAAACAAUUUACUAUGCCGCCCUUGAAGCUAGUUGUGAGUUAGCUGAAAAAGAUGGACCUUAUGAAACUUAUGAAGGUUCUCCAGUUUCAAAAGGGAUACUUCAGUAUGAUAUGUGGAAUGUUACUCCAUCAGAUCGUUGGAAUUGGGCAGAGUUGAAAGAAAAAAUUUCAAAGCAUGGUGUUCGAAACAGUUUAUUACUUGCGCCUAUGCCGACUGCAUCAACAGCACAAAUUCUUGGGAACAAUGAAUCAAUUGAGCCUUAUACUAGCAAUAUUUAUACACGACGAGUAUUAUCCGGAGAAUUUCAAAUAGUAAAUCAACAUUUGCUGAAUGAUUUAACAAGUUUGAACUUAUGGGAUGAAAACAUGAAAAAUCGUCUUAUUGCCAACAAUGGUUCCGUUCAGAACAUUGAUGGAAUUCCGGAAAAUCUUAAGAAGUUAUAUCGUACUGUGUGGGAAAUUUCUCAGAAAAAUAUUCUGAAAAUGGCUGCGGACAGAGGAGCUUUUAUUGAUCAAAGUCAGUCCUUGAAUGUGCAUAUAGCAGAACCGAAUUAUGGAAAACUUUCAAGCAUGCAUUUUCAUGGUUGGGAGCUAGGGCUAAAAACUGGCAUGUAUUAUCUUCGGACCAAGCCUGCUGUCAAUGCAAUCCAGUUUACAGUUGAUAAAAAGGCAUUAAAAGAAAACAACCCCCCUUCUGCUCUUAGCUUAAAGGAGAAACAAAUGUCUGAGAUGGUGUGUUCUUUGCAAAACAAGGAAGCUUGUAUAAGUUGCAGUGGAUAGUUGCAAAAUCAAAUAACAGAUUUUUUCUUUUCUUUUUUUUUCAACUUCUGAAAUAUUUGCAUUUUAGUGAGUAUUGUAUUUGCAACCAAAUUUUUAUCAAAUAUUCAUUGACUCAUCAUUUCAGAUUAAUACUUGCUUUUGUUUGCCAAUUGUUUUAGCUUUUAAAUGUAUAUGUGAUUUUUAUCAUGUGAUAUUAUUGAGUGUUUUCAUGUAACCGUCUGUCUUAUUUAUUUUAGUUCAUUCUUCAUGUUUUAAAAUUUUAAUUAAACAAUUCAAUACUGUAAAAAUUAAUAUUUUAUAAAAUUAUUCAUUAAUGAAAAUCAAAACUAAAUUGUUAAAGUAUUUUUGUAUUGCUGUAACACCUAAUCUACUUUUUUUUUUAUAAAGUGUAUAAAAAUUUUCAUUAAUGUAAUAAAAUGUUUCAAGCUGUACAUCAUAUAUUUUAAAAUAAAGAAAAAUACUAAUAUAGUCUUAUAAUUAAUAUUCUGGUUUUCCCAUAUUGUAAUUUUUCUAAGAUGAUGUCUCUUUUUUUUAUUCACUGUGUAAUUUUAUUUGAUUGUUUCUCGAAAAGCAUUUCGACUACCAAAACACUAGAACUCAAAAUAUUGCGUUGCAAACAAAUAAUAUUUUGGCAAUCUAGUUCUUUAAGGAUUGUUUGAAUUCAUCUUAAAAAUUACACUAAUUUUCAUAAUGCCCAACUACUAAUUCCAACUACUUUAAGUGAUUUCCACUACAACAGUCAAAAUAAGUACUUAAACAAGUCACAUAUAUUCUAAUGGAUAUUUCUUAACAAUUUUUAUAUUUUAUUGUAACUUACUUAACUAAUUCAUUUCUCCCUGAAAGCUAUUGUGUGUUUUUCCUUCCUAUGUAAACACUAUUAAUUUUCUUUUUAACGAUGAUUCAGUUGAAUACGAAAUUUUAAAAGUUUGCAUCUUAAUUUAAUGAAAUUACAUAGUGAAAUACAAAUUUGAAAAUAUUUAAGGCAACUAAAAGUUAUUGCUCGCUGUAAAUAAAUUGAAGUAAUGAUCAUUAAUAUGCUGUAUGUUAUUUUCCUGCACCUUUGUCAGCAAAUUAUGUACUUAUUAAUUAUGCAAAUCAGUUAUGUGAAUAAUAAAUUUUAAAAUUUUCAUGAAUCAAAUAAAG